GGGGGCCGAGGUCGAGCGGAGCGGCUGCGAUGGCGGUGAACACGGACCUGCGGCGGGAACGCGCCGCCGCCACCUUCCAGCCCGAGCUCCUCACACACAUCCUGGACGGCGGCGCCGAGCGCACCCGCCGCCGCAAGGAGAUCGAGGCCUUAGUUUUUAAUGACCCUGACUUCCAGCAUGAGGAUUUGAAUUUCCUGUCCCGCAGCCAACGCUAUGAACAAGCCAUCAGGAAGAGCUCUCUGAUGGUGAUGAAGUUAAGAGAGUAUGGAAUUGCAGACCCGGAGGAGAUCUACUGGUUUAAAAGAACAUGCUUGGGCAAUUUUCCUGAACCUUUCGGUCUCCACUUCAGCAUGUUUCAAAAUACCGUAGAGACCCAAAUGACUGCUGCUCAGAAGGAGAAAUGGCUGCCUCUGGUCCAUGGAGUCAAGAUAAUUGGCACCUACGCCCAAACCGAAAUGGGACAUGCUUUGUUCAUCGUGGACGGCCUGAACCUCUGGACCUUCAUCUGGGCAUGUUCCUCCCCACUCUUCUCACCCAGGCAACCCCAGAGCAGCAGGAUCGCUUCUUCAUGCCUGCCUGGAACCUGGAGAUCAUUGGCACUUAUGCCCAGACGGAAAUGGGCCAUGGAACUCAUCUUCGGGGUCUAGAAACUACAGCUACUUAUGACCCUGCUACCCAGGAAUUCAUCCUCAACAGCCCCACUGUGACCUCCAUUAAGUGGUGGCCAGGUGGACUUGGAAAGACAUCGAACCACGCCAUCGUUCUAGCUCAGCUCUACACUCAGGGCGAGUGCAAAGGCCUGCAUGCCUUCAUUGUUCCCAUACGGCAGCUGGGCACCCAUGAACCUUUGCCAGGUAUUACAGUGGGUGACAUUGGGCCAAAAUUUGGUUAUGAUGAAAUGGAUAAUGGCUACCUGAAAAUGGACAACUUCCGAAUUCCUCGGGAAAACAUGCUGAUGAAAUAUGCCCAGGUUGAACCAGAUGGCACCUAUGUGAAACCACUUAGUGACAAGCUGACCUACGGGACCAUGGUGUUCAUCCGAUCUCUCAUUGUGGGUGAUUCAGCUCGCUCCCUGUCCCGCGCUUGCACGAUUGCCAUCCGCUACAGUGCAGUGAGACACCAGUCUGAGCUAAAGCCUGGGGAGCCAGAACCCCAGAUCUUGGAUUAUCAGACCCAACAAUACAAACUCUUUCCUCUCCUGGCAACAGCAUAUGCUUUUCAAUUUGUGGGAGCUUACAUAAAGAACACCUAUCAUCGAAUUAGUGGAGACAUCAGUGAUGGAGAUCUGAGUGAGCUUCCAGAGCUGCAUGCCCUGACAGCAGGGCUGAAGGCGUUCACCUCCUGGACUGCCAAUGCUGGCAUUGAGGAGUGUCGGAUGGCUUGUGGUGGGCAUGGCUACUCUCGCUGCAGCGGCAUUCCUGACAUCUAUGUCACCUUCACCCCAUCCUGCACCUACGAGGGAGAAAACACCGUCAUGAUGCUGCAGACAGCUAGGUUCCUCGUCAAAAGCUACACUCAAGUGAGUUCCGGGCAGCGGGUCACUGGCAUCGUGUCCUACCUUAACGAACUCCCCAGGCAACGCAUCCAGCCACAGCAUGUGGCUGCUCCAUCUGUGACUGUGCGGAUCAGCGAUCCAGCCGGCUUGGUAGAGGCCUACAAAGCACGUGCUGCCUGGCUUGUAGAAACUGCAGCAAAGAAUUUGCAAGCUGAACUGAACCACAGAAAGAGCAAGGAAGAUGCCUGGAACAGAACUUCAGUUGAUCUUGUGCGAGCAUCUGAGGCACACUGUCACUACGUGGUAGUGAAGCUUUUCACUGCAAAGCUCUCUGAGAUCACUGACGCAGCUGUCCGUGCUGUCCUGACUGAGCUGUGUCUCCUGUAUGCACUGUAUGGUAUCAGUAAGAACACAGGGGAUUUCUUGCAGGCGGGUAUUUUGACUGAUGCCCAAAUUACUCAAGUGAACCAGCGUGUGAAAGAGCUCUUGGCUAUAAUUCGUCCCAAUGCAGUAGCACUAGUAGAUGCCUUUGACUUUCAUGAUAUGCAUCUUGGAUCUGUGCUUGGCCGGUACGAUGGCAAUGUCUACGAGAACAUGUUUGAGUGGGCAAAGAAAUCCCCACUGAACAAAACAGAGGUUCAUGAGUCUUUCCACAAACACCUGAAGCCGUUGCAAGCCAAGCUGUGAAGCCUGCUGGUUUUGGAAAAUGCACACUUUUCCUGGCCUGAAAAUGGGUGUUGGCGUCUGUUCCUCAGGCACCUGAAUCAAACCUUUCAAAUCCUGGUAGCUGUAGGACAGUGAAUAAUUGUAGCCACUCUUUCCACUUAUAUAAAUCGAGGUGUUUGGGGAGAGUGCGUAGGGAUUGAUGCCUGUGUUUUUUUUAAAGUGCAAUUAUAAUGGUAAAAUUAACCUUUUGAAAAGUUUGGAAAGCUUUAUGGAUUCAUACAAGGAUUGCUUUUGUGAAGCUGCUAACUAGAGAGAAGUUAAUGUCAACUGGAAAGGUAGCAGGAUUUUACUACUAAGUAGUUAACAGCCCUAAGGCAGUAACUUCUAAUGAGCAGUUAUGUUCUCCCCCCAAAAGCAUCAAUGUCUUGUUUGUAAGAUUAGCACCACCUCUCCUUGUUUGGCAAAUAUUUAUGCUCUCCAAAGCCUCCUGCAUAGUUUUGUGCACAUGAAUCUGCCUGUGGCACCACUUUGAGGUAACUGGGAAGUAAAAUCCUUAUCCUCCCCUGGAGCCUCUGCUUCCUUCAUCUUUCCAGAAGACAUCUUCACCUUUUCCAAUACGUCCUUUUUUCACUGCCCUGCAGAAACUCCCUUUGCCUCUCUGCCAUCUCCAGCAUUGGCACCUUACUCAUUGUUAACAGGAAGUCAAAGGAGAAUAUAGUGAUGCUGCUCUGAAGAAAAAAAACAAAUAGUAAUAAUCAGCUGGGUGCUGAUAAUAAUGUUCUGCCCUUUUAACAGUUAGUAUUUUUUUUGUAGUACUAUCUCAAAGCACUUUACAAAUGUUAAUUUCGGUGAUUUGUUGUGAAAAACCACAUGGAGUGGUAGAAACUGCAAAUUUGACCUGGAAUGAUGAAGCCAGUGUUUGAGGGCAGAAAUCAGUUGACCGAGGUCCUUAGGUCUUCAGAUUGUUCUGGGGUUUUCUUCUGUUUUUUCAAGGCAUUCUUCAAGAAAAUGACAAUCCCAAGUGUCCAGAUCUUUCUUUUUUUUUGGUGUGGGGGUUUGAUUAUUUUUUGUUUUCCUACCCAUGUUUUUCUAAGGAGCUUUCUCUGAUUUGCUUCAUUUUGGUUUUAUAUUGACUUGGGACUUGCACAGUGUUGUCUGGAUUAACAGAUGAAAGAUUUCCCUUCUAACGGAACCACCUGAUGCCCCGUGAAAUCCCUACAACUACACAAAAUCCUUGCUGUUCUUCAAAACCAAGAACAAUAAAACCUCUCCACAACAGAUAAAAGCAACUUUGAGCUUUUAAAAUGGUAAAAAGCUUCAGCACAAACACAGAUCCUGCAGUUCUGAGGCAACAUCUGAGAAGCUGCUUCUCUGCCAGUCUCUCAUUUUGAAUCGCUUUUCAUGGAGGACUUUUCCUCGUCCUCACAAUGAUCAGACACGAUGUUUGGCUCCACGUGCAGUAGCUUAACAGAAAGAUAUGUAUAAUUUUAAAUAAAGUAAUCAAACCUGC